GACGCCCGCCAUUUUUAUUUUAUUUUCAUUAUUUUCGAUGUAUUUCGCGCGAAAUAAGUUUAUUAAUAUUUUGUAAUUUUUGUGUUUGAAGUUUAAACUCUGGUGUAUUGGUUGUUAAAAUUAAAUAUUUUACUAAACAGUUUAUGACAGUUUGAUUUCUUUGAUAGUACAAGUGUUUCAAAAUACUUAUUUUAAAUAGUGCGUGUUAUUGUGUGUUGGUGUGCGAUUAAAUUUGAGGAAAAGAAGUUCAGUAGAGGAGUGUCAAACAGUAAUGUAAUGCAAUCAUGGAUCCGCAAGAAUUAGUACCAUUGGAAUCCGGUCUCCCCCUCCCACGCCCCCACCAUGGGACCAGGAACUGCUACCUGGCUCCUCGAACAUGCUACACAGCGCCACUGCGUCUGUGUCGGCUACUGGCGCUUCUCUUCGGGAUGCCGACCGUUUUCCUCAUGGUACCACUGUAUUUAAGAUAUCGCGUGUUCUCCGGCCAGAUGUACCCGAUGAGUAUGACAGAUAUGCGUCUGAUAGACAGUAAGAUAUCGCCCACUUGGUGCCAGAGACAAGUGGUGCGUUCAAACACGACGUUCAACGCGUUCGUGGUGCCUGGUCCACCAGAACUGACUGAUGAGCUGGUUCCAGUGUCCAUGACGAGGGAACUGGAGUUAGAAGAUGAUAUGAAGGAGUACUGGGGGUUCUACCUCUUAAAGGGAUCCUCUGUCACGGUUUCUGCUUGUGUUAGUUACCCUGGAGCAUCCCUCAUCAUGAUCAAAGGUUACAAGCAUCUACAAGACUGCGCCUACAUAGGCGAUGAUUCUUCAGAAGAAAUCAACGAGCUGAUUGAAGCCAACAGACUUGGUCUACUAUCUGAUGACGCAUUAAAUAAAAAGAUCUCUGAACUAAAGGUGGAAAAUGGCAAAGUAAACAACCCUGGAAUAAUGAAGAGACACAAGUCUGGGGUCAGUUUCCACGACCCAACGAAUCACGUUGAUGAGAACGCGACGUCAACAUCAUCAGAAAAUUUGGCCACAGUAGACGUCACGGAUCAUGAUCCUAAGGAGCUUCGAGAAAUCUUAGAACGACUCCACGCUCUACGAGAGGCUGCGAAGAUCCAGAUUGCUAAGAACUACCGGCCACCAGCAAAUAUCAUGUCUUUGCCGGCCCUGCAUCGACAUAGGGAUGCCAACGUUGAUAAGGAAGAGAGAAAAUGGAUAUCGUUUCAAGAUAUCGAUGGUAACGCAAGUGAAUUAUUAACAAAAUUAGAACUUACUACGACAGAGACUGUGCCUACUGAAGGCAAACACGAAACCAAUGAAAUAAAAAAACCAAUUAACACUACCCCAUCAUUAUUAACAAAAUUAAAAGGUAGUAAAGAAGUCAAAACGACCACAGAAGAUAUCAAAAAGACAGAAGAAAGUAACAAAGUCUUAAAUAGUAGAGAAGAGAAAAGUAAAAAUGUCAAGACUAAUAAUAAUUUAGUAGGAGAUGCCAAUGAAGAGGAACUGACAUCAGUAGAAGUAGAAAAUACACAGGGAGAACUGAAAAUUGUUGCUUCGGAUUAUACCUCUGAGAACCCCAAGGAGGUUACGGAGCCAAAUUCAAAGGAAGUAUUUGAAGAUGUGCUGCACAGACUUCAAGCUUUGGGAGACAAAGGGAAGAGGGUCCUGAAAAAACUACACGAGACUAUGGGAGUUGAGUACAAAGAGGAGACACAAGCUAAAGCAAAGCCGGACAUCAUGUCAGUAGUGACGGGCAGUGGUGAGGAACUGGACAGGCUGCGACGAGUCCUGGUGGAAGCUAUUGAUGAGGAGAAGAACAGAUCGCAGAGAGAACAAAAACGCCGUGAUGCUGCAGAACAGGCCCGUAAGAAGCGGGAAUCCAUGUUGGGCCAUAUAGACCUCGUAAAGGAACUCAACGAAAAUGAUGAAGAGAGAAAUCAUGCAGGGGAAAUGGAUGCAGACGGUUACGCCGACCACCACAUGUUGGUGAACGAGACAACUCCUCUUGACAUGAGUAAUUCGGAGUUCUGGUCCUCCUUCUCCAGCAGUGAGGAAGCUCUACUAGAGUGUGAGGGUCUGAUCCUAAACCUCCCUCUAACUCCACAUCGCCAUUGCUUCAGAAACGCCUCCGAGACUGAAGCGUUUGCCGCUGCUAAAGCUAACGCUCUUACGUAUAGGGUCCCAGCAAACGGCUACUACUUCUUCGUGUUCAAUUCAGAGAACGAAGUGCAGAGGAACUACAUCCGAGCGCGGUUCGAGCUGCAGAAGACUCGGUACGACGUGGCGCGCACUGCACUGCGCGAGUGCAAGAAUACCACGCAACGAUGUGAUCUGCCGCUGGAUAUAUUUUCUACGCAGAAGGUGGUGCUGGAAGUCCCCUUGAGGAACAACGACUCGCUCUGGAACGAGCAGUUCCUCAUAUUGUCGGAGUGUGAACCGCGAACUUCGAUUUACAUAUUCUGCGUUAUCGCAGUGCCUAUACUUAUACUCGUAUUCGGCUUCCAAUGA